UUAUGUUCUUGUUCAAACAUUUUAUUAUUACCCAUCCUUUUCAACUCACUAUUCCCCUCUCUAUAAAUUCAAACCCCACAUCUCUUUAAUUUAAUCAACAAUGUAUCACACCCACACCCACACCCACCACCAAAGUGGCAAUUCCUUCCCCAUGCUAUUCUCCAUGUCUAAUUCCCACCGAGCAUUCGAUGAGCCCGACUUGUACUCUCCUUCCGCUCCAGUCGAUUGUACCCUCUCCUUAGGCACUCCUUCCACCCGCGUUGAUCACCACGACAAGAAGCGCUCCUCCUGCAUCUCCAACUUCGGCUGGAACAUCCUCCCGUCAAAGCACACGCCGCCGUCCUCCUCCGCCAAGGCCCACCGCGCCUCCGCCGGCGACCCCCUCCUCGCACGCCGCUGCGCUAAUUGCGACACCACUUCCACUCCCCUGUGGCGCAACGGCCCCAGAGGCCCCAAGUCGUUAUGCAAUGCGUGUGGCAUUCGAUACAAGAAGGAGGAGAGAAGGGCGACGGCGGCGGCUGCUACGGGCAAUGGAGCUCAGGUGAUGAAAGCGCCGUGCUACGGCAGCGAGUACCGGUUCAUGGAAGACCAAGGCGCGGUGGAUCAUUCGGAAAGUGGGGUUCCGUUUAUGUCGUGGCGUUUCAACGUCACGGACCGGCCCGGCCUGGUUCAUGACUUUACUAGAUGAAUAAUUAUGGGAUUUUCUAAUUUUAUUGGAAAACAAAUGAAUUCCAAAUUUUAAGGGGAGAAUCGGAUUUGAUGCCCACGGAUAAGUGUGGGUCAUCAAAUUCUUUUCUUUUCGGAUGUUUAUUUAUUUUAUUAAUUUUGUUUUUGGGUUUGAUACAUAGAUGGAGUGAAAAUGAGUUAAUUCUAUGUUGUUUGGUUAGAUUGCUUUUUCUUUUGUAGCUUUCACUUUUUCAGGUAUGGCCCCAGAAAUUAAUAUUAGUAUUAGUAGUAUCUAAAUGAAGACCAACUUUUAGUGUU